UCAUCCAUGGACCAUCUCCACCAUCAAUAAACACAAACAACACCAACACCAACACCAAACAAUCACAUCUUAAUUUGAAUUUCACAACACAAUCACUGAAUCAAUCAUCGAUGGGAGUGGUGAUAAUCGACGGAAGCACUGUGAAGGACUUCGUGAGUGACGAGGCCCAGUUCAAGAAGAGCGUCGACGACCAGUUUGCCGCCCUCGACCUCAACAGCGACGGCGUCCUCUCCCGGUCGGAGCUCCGCAAAGCCUUCGAGUCCCUCAGGCUCAUCGAGGCCCACUUCGGCAUCGACGUGGCCACCCCGCCGGAGCAGCUGACGCAGCUGUACGACUCCAUAUUCGACAAGUUCGACAGCGACCAGAGUGGGACGGUGGAUCUGGAAGAGUUCAGGGAGGAGAUGAAGAAGAUUAUGCUGGCCAUCGCCGACGGGCUGGGCUCCUCCCCCAUCCAGAUGGUUCUGGAGGACGACGACCAGAACUUGCUCAAGAAAGCUGCAGAUCUGGAGACUGCCAAGGCCUCUCACUCAAUCUCCUCCGCCGGCACUGGCGCUGCUGGCUUGUAGGCUUCUAGUUUCUAGCUAGACUUGCUGGCCUUGUGCCACGUGUGAGUGCUGGCAUGGCUCUGGUCUAGCUUAGUGUUCCUCUGUUCUUGUCCUUUUUCUUUUCUUUCAAAAGUUUUCCUUUCAAUAAGAAACCUGAAAGUCAUCGAUCAUAA